AUGUCGGGAUUCGAGAAUGACAUAUCUAUUGGGGCAGGCAUAACACAAAGCCAGUCGUCUCAAGGAGGAUUUAGUCUCCAAAUGUUCGGAAAGCCUACAAUCGUACUGGCUCAUCUUUCUUUCAAAGCCGCUUCACUUUUCUUCUAUUUUUUCGCCAACUUCUUCACUAGUUCUUUCAUCGUCCAGUUUCUUGUCAUCCUUACCCUUCUGUCUAUGGACUUCUGGGCAGUUAAAAAUAUAACUGGACGUCUGCUAGUCGGUCUCCGCUGGUGGAAUUUUGUUGAUGCCGAUGGAAACAAUCACUGGAAAUUUGAAAGUGCAAAAGAUAUGACUCGUUUUCCAGCCAUCGACCGACGAGUUUUCUGGCUUGGGUUGGUUGUUGGCCCAGCUGUGUGGAUUUUCUUUGUCGUUACCGCGUUUUUGACCCUCAAGUUCGAGUGGAUGAUUGUUGCUCUUCUGGGAGCUCUGAUGAACCUUGCCAAUUUAUGGGGAUAUUUGCGUUGUCGCUGGAAUAACACCGAGCAAAUGACAAGUUACUUCCAGAAGUGGGCCUUCCUCAAUGUGCUCCGUCGAGCUCAACAGCCUCCUCAAGAGUAUCAGAAUCCGGUGUUCAGCGCAUAA